UAACUCUAAAGAGAACGCUUAACCCUCGACCACGGAACCAAAAACAGAAGUAUGAGGUUCCACACGGAGGAACGGGACGACGGAUGGGUACAAUGGCGACGCCCAGGUAGGAGACGGAACCGACGCCAGAGCCCCGUUCCAGCUCCACGAUACCGACAAGGUAACUACAGAACCUCACCAGAACCUCCUCCUCGAACCUAUGCGGAGGUGACCCGAGACGGACCGCGAUCCUACGGCGACACGGAGCGCUCCUGGUCCCGGCGCGGAGAUCGCUACAACGGAGCUAAUGCUAGCGUUAGCAGAGAGAGGUUCGGAGGGCGAAACAACCGCAGCAGAGCCCGUUUUGACUACGAUCGGGAUGGUUUUGACAACGGUUACUACAACAAUCAACAGAGACCUAACUACCGGAGGUAUGGCCAGCGAAAACAACACAAAAAUCAACGCUACAACAAUAAUCAACAACAACAUUUCAACCCUCGGCCACGACAACAAGCCCGGUAUGUACCGCAAAACAGACGCUAUUUCAACACACAACCACCCAGGCCCCAAAGUGAUGAUCCACGGUUUGUAGACAAAAUCAGACUUUUACACAAACUGAUUAAAGCUAUUCAUCACUCAGCUAUAGCAACAGCUAAAAGCUACCCACCAGCUGUGCAGAAAAUUCAAAACCACCUAGCCACAGUGAUUAAACCAGCCCAUCCCACUGACAGGACCACCAACCUGAUCGCAGCUAAUGCACAGAACUGGGCCUACAACACCAUGCUGGUUCUGCAAGAGCACUAUGAUGCAGCCAUCGCUCAGAUCCUGCAAGAACUGACUCUGUACUCACCAGAUGAUCUGAAAAUGCCUUUUGAAAUAGCUACAAAAUGGGCCAGACGCAACCUGGGCAGGCGCUUAAAACAGGAGACCCUCGACCAGGCGCAGACCCUGAUCACACCAAACCCUGCACCAGCCCAGCAACAAAGAGGCUCCCCCACCACAGCACGAGAGGAACCCGAAGAAUCCCCCCCACCAUCACCCUCAUCCACUGCCUCCUCCUCUUCAUCUCCAUCAGUCUCUCCUCCAGCUCCACAGACCCGCACGCUCAGAACCCAGACAUCCCCACCUGUAACACAGACUGAGCAGCAAACUCGACCUCAGUCUCCACCCCUCAGCAUCACAGGUGAGCACACUGACACUUCACUCUCACCCAUUCUGGCGCAGUACCUGAGAGAUGCUGGAGUAGAGAUGGGCACGAUGACAGACCCACAGCGAGGAGACUGGUCACCUGACAGACCAGGCACAACAGGAGACGAGGACUUUAACUCACAGGAACCCACCAGCACACCAGAGACUCCUUUACAACAGG